UCCGCCCACCGUGCUGCCGCCUCUAUUUGGUAUUAGAUUACUACCGUGUCGUCCGUAGCGAGUGUAGCCAUAUGGGUUACCCGCCAUGGGCCAAUCCUCGGCAUUGGGGCGUGCAUGCCACCGCUGCCCACGCAUCAUGUUGUGGUGAAUAUGGUGGUGGUUACUCUCCUCGCCACCUGGCGAGUACAUCUGCCCGCUGUGCUGAUUACCCGCUGGGCCACUCAUCUGUCCGCUAUUCGUUGGAAACCCUCUUUUCAUUUGCGGGUAACCACUCAUGCCGCAAGGAGCGUGGUUACCUACUCCUUGCGGCAUAUACUGCGGAAAUGGUACUGCAUCAAGAAAAGAGAUGCUAGCGUAUACGAUAAAGAGACUGGUGUGCACAGUCAAUAGCAUUAUAUGAGAAAACCGUGAGCAAGAAGGAUUGGUGGAAUAAUAUGGA